AUGCCUCGGUGCAAUCGCGUGUUCCACCUACAUUCCAAACUCGCCAUCGCAUAUACGCGACGCGUACCGCACCGUACAGGACGACUACACAUGAUUUAUUUCAAGGGCCAACCCUCAUCCUUCCCCUUCAGCCCUCACUCUUUUGCAACACCACGCUCUUUACUGCUAUGCCUCUUUAGCGACGCGUUUCCCCAACGGCGCGCUGGUCGUCGUUUUUUUUUGUCGUUUGAUGUCGUUUUGCAAGUUCCACCACGCUCACCGUCGUUCAUUCUAAUCGUUCAGCAAAAGCACAAGCGACGCACCGCGUUAUUCAUUCUUUUUCUGAUCAUCUCGUCACUCUUUCUCCACGCAUAUAUACGCGACACGCGAAGUUCCGUGGCUUCUUUCACCAUGUUCACACGUCUUCUGACACUCUUUCUCUCUCCCCUCCUCUUCCUCAUCCAAAUACUCUUCACGCAAUCCUGCCUCGCUCAUCCCCAAAUCAACGUUCCCGUGGUGAGUUCUGUUGUUGGGUUGGUGCCUGUUGGGGGGGUUGUGAGUUCUGUGGUUGGGGGUACAUCGACGGUGAAGAGUUCGAGUUUGAGCUCGGGCUCGAGCUCGAGUUCAGUGGGGAGAGGGACGGCUACGUCUCAGCCUACAUCUACAUCUGUAUCUGCAUCCACGGCGGUUUCGGGUGGGGGAAGUACGUCGUCGAGUGCUUUCGCGGUGAGCUCGACAUUGUUGCCGUCGCUGUCGUUCUCACUUUCUACGCUGUCAGGGUUAGGAAGCGGGUUGCCUUUAUCAUCCUCGUUGGUGCAGAUUCCGGUGUCUGUUCCUUCGGUCGGUGGCUUGCUAUCUAGCACUUCUCUUCCAGUAUCCCCGGCUUCGUCGUUACCUUUGGUUUCUUCGGGAUCAAGGAGUGUCAGUGGGUUGCCUCUAUCGUCGUCGUCGCUACAGAUACCCAUCUCAGUAUCUUCAGUCGGGGUGUCCACGCCUGGAUCGCUUUCACUUCCAUUGCCCUCUUCGGUUUCGGUCCCUGGGUUGAGUUCGUCUUUGUCACCUGUUGGAGUUGGUGGUGGGCUGCCUUUGUCGAUAGUCGCGCCUGUGGUUUCGUUGGCUCAGAACGUGUUGCCUUCUUUACCGGCGAGUUCAUCAAUCAGUGUGCUGUCGGUCGCGGUGUCGACGCCUGCAUCGCUUUCGCUUUCUACACCUUCGAUUAUGGCCCUUACACCUUCUGGCCUGAGUUCUUCGGCUUUGCCUGCUGGACUUGGUAGCGGGCUCCCCGUGGCUUCGUUGAUUCAGAGCUUCUUGACUUCUUUACCGACAGUUUCUUCGAUUAGUGUGCCGUCAGUCGCGGCGCCGACAUCGAAUCCAGUAAGCAGAGUCUCGUUGCCCUCCACAUCGGUAUCGCCGGCAUCCAUUCCGUCUCCCUCCGUCUCUGGGUUAGGCGGUGUCUUACCUCUAUCGAUUCAAGACCCUGUGUCCUCCUUGCUGGAAAUCCCCUUACCUUCUAUAUCGCCGUCUCCAACCGGUCCGCCCAUCCAACCAAGUCAACUGGAACAACUGCUGUCAUACCUUUACAAUGAUCUGGGGUUUCAUCUGCCGCGAGAAGAACUCGUCAAAUUACUUCCUGGGUCAUGGCAAGCCGCGACAUCAUUCCCAUCCAGCUCUAUACCACAGCCAACUACAUCAAUACUGCUGGCAUCGAAUUCUUUAUCUUUCUCAAGCCUCGCAAACCCCGCUAGCAGCCUCAUCUCAAGUCUUGGUGGCUUACCCACAUCUACGCCUACUUCUAGAGUAGAUGUUGUUGCAGACCUCGUGGGAGGUUUACUCGGAGGCUUGGGCGUUGGAUCGAGACUGCCUACCAGCUCUAUACCGGUUUUACCAACUCAAUCGCCUUCGCUGAGUCCUCAGGGUACUCUGAUACCUACGCUCUCGACGACACGCAACGUUUUGCCCGCGUCUAGUCUUGGGGAUAGUUUACUCAACAAUCUUUUGUCGAAUCUGUUGCAGGCUCCAACGCCUGCAUUGCCUUCAAGUAUUCUGAGUUCAUUAUCAGUCGCACUAGGAUCAAAUCUAUCGUCCUCUUUAAGCCUCCCAACGUCAGUUUCUAAUGGGAUAUCCGCGAUACCGAGCAAUACUCUGCAGAACCCCAGUGUUCUCGGCGAUCUCUUGAAUAACCUAGGGUCAGGCCUACUCCAAAACCUACCAACUCCAACUCCUACGAACGUAUUGAGCUCUUUAUCAGGUGCACCAGGACCCAAUUUGCCGUCCUCUCUAACCCUCCCGUCGUCAAUUUCUAAUUCGAUAUCCGUGCUACCGAGCAGUACUCUUCAGAAUCCCAACGUUCUCGGGGAUCUCUUGAAUAACUUGCUGUCAGGAGUACUCCCGAGCCUAUCAAUUCCUGCUCUAUCUACUCCACAGCUGCCAUCUCCUUUGCUUUCCUCAGCCGCGAUAUCUACAUCACUGGAGAGUAUAUUGACAGCAGCCAGCCCCAGCAACCCGAUCAACAACAUAUUGUCCAAUCUACUACAAAACCCAGCAUCCAUUAUACCUUCUCUACUCCCCGUAGGUUCACCGCCAAUCACAGCUUUGAGUAUGUUGAACAAUCUACUGUCCAACCUCAACUCCGCGAUCCUUCCUUCCUUACCCAUCAGCGUCUCUAUCCCAAGCCUCGCAACGCCAACUACAGCGCCUCUGAACAUCUUAAGCUCGGUUCUACCGGAUGCCACACUUCCACUUCAAACGGCAACUGCGAGAUCCGGUAUCCCUAGUUUACCCGUUCAGACUACCAUAGCGCCUGGGAGCUCUGUUCCUGCGGUUCCCAGUAGAGGCCCUGAUCUCCUCAAUAACCUGCUCUCUGGGCUUGGAGUUCAAAUCCCCGCUCCUACAAAUCCAGCAAGCGCUUUGCCCUCUGUGGGGCUUGAUGUUUCGUCGCUUCUUGCAGGGUUACCUUUGAGUGUUAGUGUGGAUCCGGGGAGUGUUCUUGGUCAGCUCGGGAGUUUGCUGGGAGGUGUCAUUCCUACACCUACAAUAUCUGCUCCUGUGGUGUCGGUACCGGGACUGCCGUCUGUUGGACUUGAUCUUUCAUCGAUUGUGGCGGGCUUGCCUGCAAGCGUUCUCGGUCAAGUUGGGAGUUUGUUGGGGAAUGUCGUGCCCACACCGACGAUCUCUGUUCCCGUGGGCUCGGUACAAGGUUUAUCGUCUGCUGGGCUUGAUCUCUCGUCGAUUGUUGCACAGUUUCCCAUCAGUGUAGGUGUAGACCCGGCGAAUGUCUUGGGUCAGCUUGGGAGUUUGUUGGGAAAUGUCGUGCCGAAACCUACACUCUCUAUACCCGUGGUUUCGGUGCCACUUCUGCCUUCUGUUAUCCCCGAACUUUCGUCAAUUCUCGCGGGUCUCCCUGUUAGUGCGACUGCUAUCCCGGACAGCAUUCUCAAUCAACUCGCCACUGUUUUGGGGAAUGUUGUGCCGACACCUACAAUCUCUAUUCCUGCAGUUUCAGCACCACUUCUGCCAUCCGUCAUUCCUAAUCUAUCGUCGAUUUUGGCCGGUUUGCCCGUCAGUGCGAGCCUCAUUCCAGAUAGCGUUCUCAAUCAACUCUCCAGCGCGUUAGGUAACAUUGUGCCAGCACCUACGAUCUCUAUACCUGUGCUUCCGGUACCGCUUCUGUCCUCUGUCAUCCCCGACCUCUCAUCAAUCCUUGCGGGUUUACCAAUCAGUGCGAACGUCCCAGAGACAAUUCUUAAUCAGCUCGCCAGUGUGUUAGGUGGCAUCGUUCCAACCCCCACAAUCUCCUUUCCUGGCCUCCCUCUGCCAACUAUACCGCAAAUCGGGAUCAACGUCGACGCCCCCAACAUUGCCAGUUUAGGCGUGGGAGCAGGACUCCCCACCAAUUUCGGGGGACUUCCUCUCUCUGUUGGCUUAGAUUUAUUCGGGAACCCUGUUACUCUUCCUACGGGAACUCCAGCAGGCUCCAACACCCCUCCCGCAACAUUAACAACGACAUCAGAAGAGCCAUACUACGAAGACGAGGAAGAAGGAUGGGCCACCCUCAACUCCUACGAUCGCUCUGUGGCAGAAGCAUCUGCCUCGGCUGCCGCAUCAACCAGGAGUCGCCGUCUCCGUACCACCGUCUCAACCCAGCCGUCGCAGAGAGGUUCAUCGAGCGCUGCUCCCACCGAUAAGCCCGCGGUCGGCGCUUCGUUGAAUCUAGGUAUCUUGACGAUCGGUGCAGAUCUCCUGGGCGGAGGUACCACCAGGCCGAAUCUCCUUGACGUAAAUCUCGGGCUACCGAGUAUUGUUCCUAGUCGGUCGACGCCUUCGGUGCUGCUACCUAGUAGUGUGAGUUUUUUGGUGGAAAGUGGGACCAGUUCGGUCGCGCCAUCAGUCGCUUUGACUAGUCAAUUUGGAGGACCAUCUUUGGGUAUCAGUUUGCCUGAGUUGCUGAGUGCUCUGGGUCUGGAUCAAAUUCCAUCGUCAGUGAUUGCGGGGGCGCUACCGACUAUUGCAGCAUUGCCAUCGAGACCAAGUGGUGUGUCAGGGCUACCAUCUCCUUCAUUGACGAGCCAGAUUGGAGGGGGUUUGCCGGGGAUUUCCAUACCAGGUUUGCUUAGUGUUUUGGGUCUCGAUCAAAUUCCCACGUCUGUGGUAUUGCCAUCGAGGCCGAGUGGCGUGUCGGCACCUUCAGCUACACUGACAAACUCGGCUGGAGGGUUGCCUUUAGGGAUCGAUGUCCCUGGUCUGCUGAGUGUUCUAGGUCUUGACCAGCUUCCGACGUCUCUAGUGGCAGGAAUCCUUUCAACCUCCUUAGUAUUACCGUCUCGAGCCAGUGGCUUGCCUACAUCUUCAAUCGCACUAACAAGCCAAGCCGGGGGACUUAUUCCAGGCAUUGAUUUACCAGGCUUGCUAAGUGUUUUGGGCAUUUCUGAGCUUCCGACAUCUGUGGUACUUCCUACAGCUACGAUUCCGACUGAUAUCGAUGUUCUUGCAUCAGCGCUUCCUUUGAUAAGCCAGAUCGGAGAGAAUCUGCCGUCCGUUGGUAUCCCGAACCUGCUCAGCGCUCUGGGUCUUGACAAUCUCCCUACAUCGAUACCUCAAGUAUCGAUUCAGGUCAGCAGCGCCACAUUUGGGUCAACACCCUCUUUGACAAGCCAGGUCGGGGGAGGAGUUCCUCUCCCUCUCGACGUCCCCGGACUACUAAGUGUUCUUGGUCUUUCCCAGCUUCCAAUCCCAACAUCACUGUCCUUACGACCCAUCAUUCCGUCCUUGUCAAUUCCAAGCACCACGCUGGAAACCUUGGUUUCGCCAACUUCAUUGAUCGACGGAGAUUUAGAAUCUACGAAAUUAUCUUCUCAGCAACCGAGUGCCGCGGGAGGACUCUUCGAUCCCUUGGCAUCCUUCCUUCUUGGUGGAGGUGCUCGUCCAUCACUUACGCAGACUUUCUCUCUACCGUCAAUCUCGAGCGUGACUUCUCGUCCGCUGCAAACGCAAAAUAUCCUAGGUGGCUUGAGCCCGUCGCUAGGCCUUGAUUCGCUGCUGUCGAAUCUGAACAUUACGGGACUAUUGCAGACGCCUACCGCGGAAUUGGUUUCAGGCGUUUCUCUAAUUCCUUCGAUUACGAGACCUGCGGUUGAUGUUAGUAUACUAGCUUCUCUACUCGGAAACGUACUGCCUACGUCCGUAGGUGUACUUCCAACUCAGUCCACGAGGCCGCUGGUGGAUAUUGACGUUGGCAACGUUCUUUCUCUUCUUGGGGUGCCUCUACCAGGAUCAUUGACCCUCGAGAGCGCGAUCCCAUCUCAAACUGAGCCGGGCACAGGUGCCUCUCCUGCAAUUUCAUCCAUCACGAGACCAGUAGUUGAUGUUGGUGGACUGAAUUCGCUACUGGGGAACGUGCUACAAUCUCCGUUGGCAUCUGUACUUCCGACUUCAGGUGUUGACCUCGAUAAUGUUCUUUCUUUUAUCGGAGCUCCGCCACUGCCAUCUUUAGCUCCACAGAUUACGAGGCCGUUGGUCAGUGUCGGCGACCUUGUGUCUCUUCUAGAGAACGUUCCCGAGGUUACAGGCUUUCCAGGAUUGACCUCAUUACCCCCUAUACAGAGUACAAGGCCUUUGGUUGACAUAGAUGUUGGCAACCUUCUUUCUUUGCUUGGAGUUUCUCAACUGCCAACAUCAUUGUCACAAGUUGUGGAAACUCUAAGUAAUGACAUCCCACGGACAACUUCGAUACCACAAAGUGCGAGACCUCUUGGCGACCUUGAUAUUGGAAAUGUUCUUUCUCUUCUCGGAGACCGGCCGCUAUCGUCUUUGCUCCCACAGAUCACGCAGCCAUUAGUAGAUGUUGGUUCCCUUUUGUCUGACCUUGGCUCUCUUCCUGGAAUCUCGUCACUGCCACCAAUUGACAUACCAUCGGCCAUUGUAAGCGAGUCGCCUAUUACCCAGAUCACGAACAGCGCUGCUGCUCCAUCAAUACCCCAGAUCGGUCUGGGCCAAUUGCUCUCGAUUCUAAAUUUGCCGUCGGGUCUGGUUCAACUGCCUUCAAUAACAGUUCCGCUCGGAUCUACGUCUUUGGCCUCGGAUGAGCAACCGGUUGCUACAAACUCUAACCAGCCUCUCCCUGGAGGGCCGAUCAUCAAUCUAAGUAACGUGCUCUCUGUGCUCGGUGGCAACCCAUCUCUUCCAUCUAUCUUACCAACGCCAGAGGGAAUAUCGUCUAUCACACGGCCAGAUAUAGUCUCCACAUCCUCCCUAGUCCCUCCCGAUCGACCAAUUCUGGAUUUAAGUCCUGUACUGUCUGCACUUCUGGGAAAUGUUCCACUUCCUACCCUCCCUACUUCAUUGCUUUCGCCGACCACCAAUUUCGAUGCAUCCUCCAAAUCUCUUAUAUCUUCUUCAGUACGGCCGAUCAUUGACAUCGGUAGUUUGGCGUCCGCGCUUGCUGGUAUCUCCAAUCCUAUAGCUCUGCCAGAGCCAUUGCCCACGUCUGUUCCCAGUUCGUACACUACUCCGGUGAGAACCCGCACAACCGUCGAUGCCAAUCCUACAGCCACCAGCUCCAGACUUCGUCCUCCAAGCAGUUUGCCAGGUCGUCCGCUCGAGGGAAUCGGGCCUUUGCUCUCGAUAUUGGGUGGAUUGUCUACAUUACCUCCGAGCAUUGAAAUUCUGCCAACUGCAUCAAAUGCGCAAACGCAAAUUGUAAAUGUGGCGUCGUUGCUCUCGCUCUUCGGUGGGCUGAAUAGCGGUCUUCUUGGAUCCAUACCAACAUCAUCGGAGAGAAAUCCUUCACAGACGAUCACGGGGCAGCCUCCAAUUACCGGUCCAGCUACGCAGAAAUCGAAUACUCCACUCAUAGACCUCAAUCUCAGUCUAGGCUUGCUAGAGGGUUUGUGCCCGGGUCCGAAGUGUGAAUCAACAAAUACUGCAUCGACGAGCAGAAAGCCUUUAGUGGGAAUCGAUGCCAGUCUAGGCUUGCUAGAAGGGUUGUGCCCAGGCCCAUCUUGUCGUUCAUCACUCGCGACCAGGACGACGGAAGGCCCAUUCUCUUCCAGGCUUACGUCUGCCAGCUUGCCCUCAUCACGUUCAUCGUCGUCAUCUUCAUCGUCUCCGAGGUCUAUUUCCACACGAAGUCCGGUCGCAAAUCUAGGACCAUUGUUGUCAUUCUUGGAGGCUCAGUCGACGCGCUCGCCAGGCAUAGAUCUCGGGCCGCUCUUUUCCUUGCUCGAUAUCAACGAGCUACCGACGACGUCUUCGAGCAGACCCACUUCUGGUCCAAUUGCUUCAGUCACGCGACAGCCGCCUCUCAUCAGUGCUGAUCUUUCUCUUGGAUUGCUCGAAGGCUUAUGUCCUGGCCCCUCGUGCCGCCGCUCUACAACCACUCCAGGCUCGUAUUCUACAGCCACGCGACCAUCACCUCUCGUCAACGUCGACGUCUCUCUCGGACUGCUUGAAGGCGUAUGUCCCGGACCUUCUUGUCGCCGCUCUACAGCAACUUCACAGUCUUCAGCCCUGUGUUCAGGAUCCUCUUGUCAGAUUUCUAAGUCUGCAAGUGCUACCACCAGUAUCACUCGACUUAGUAGCUCAAAGUCCUCUACAGCCACUCGGGCUUCUUCCAAGAAUCCGCUGAUUGAUAUCAAUAUAUCGUUGGGUAUUCUUGAGGGCUUAUGCCCUGGGCCUCAAUGCCGUUCGUCUAGCUCACAACGUGGAAGCACUUUGCCGAAAUCUUCGACCAAAUCAUCGUCGCCUUUGCUGAUAACAUCGAGCCCAACACGAACUUCAAUGUCCUCCAAAGCCGGUCCAUCGCCUUCAAAACCACUCAUCGACAUCAAUUUCUCUCUAGACUUGCUUGGAGGUCUCUGCAAAGGACCGUCCUGUCGACCGUCUUCAUCUACUAGAUCGACUGGGACUGUACGCCCUGUGACUACUUCUACCUUGGUCACAACAAAACCGGUCUCAUCUUCUCGGACCAGUCUUUCCUCAACAAAGAAGCCACUGAUAGACAUCAAUCUGUCUCUCGAUAUCCUUCCAGGCUUAUGUCCUGGGCCCUCAUGUCGAAAUCCUAGUUCAACGCCAAGGUCUUCCAUAAGGUCUUCCACAGGUGUGAGAGUGUCAUCCAGCGCAUCUAAGAGUACAACGCCUGUCGCUAGUACGACGAGGCGGUCACCGACCAAAUCCCGUCCCCUGAUAGAUAUAGACGCUUCUCUAGGUGUCCUCGAUUGGUUAUGUCCCACUUGUACAGAGAUUCAGGAUGAGAAAAGCUCUUCGCGCUCAUUUCUAUCAACUAGACGCCCACUUACGUCGAAAGCAAGCACAACAUCGAGAUCUUUAUCUCCUGCAUCCCGCCCAUCUCCCCUCAUAGAUAUCAAUCUUUCACUCGGCCUUCUCACUGGAAAACCGACCACCAGGUCGACUGGCCCCAUAACUUCAUCGGUAUCAGUGAGAACUACCACGGCUCCAGUGCUUCAUACUACAUCUCACACAUCUUCAAAGUCUACGGUCAAAUCACCCCUGAUCAACAUUGACCUCUCCAUUGAUCUCCUUCCCGGUCUUUGCCCCACCUGCGAACGUACGUCUACGCAACGCAUCUCUGCAAAAACAACUUCCAACACGCUUAUAUCAGCUUCCGCAACUCUCAAAACUUCCGUCCGAAGGCCGCCUCCUCGCCUACCUCCAAUAUUUAGCGGUCUAGCUUCGUUGCUCAAUGUCCUUGAGUUUCCAGAAGAGACGAUCACUACGGGAACCUCAAAUGUAGCAUCGUCAGCUCGGAUCACGGCAAGCACGCGACGCGUGAGACCUCCGCCUCUCAUACCUCCAUUACGCAGUGGCUUAGCUUCUCUUCUCAAUGCUCUUGACUUCUUGGAUGCCGAGACGGCGACGACAACGGCGACGAAGACGGGAUUAUCUUCGAGCAUAAGUUCGACUACCAUCCCGCAGAGCACAGCAAGUAGUCAAACUAGCUUUUCGACUGUAUCUACAAGCACGGGGACUGUAGGUACGGCUUCCUCGUUUUCGCAGCGCUCCAGUGAAUUGGAAUCUUCUUCUACAGCUUCUUCGGUUUCCCGGCGAUCAAGUAGGUCAGCAUCUUCCUCAACCUCCCGGCAACCCAGCAGAACAUUGUCUUCAUCCCAAAGCAUUCGAACGACGUCGUCGAAGAAAUCUAGUGUCUCGUCAAAGAGCACUGGCACGACUGUUUCUUCCCGAUCCCGUGCUUCCUCGACUAGCAGUCAGCGAACAACACCGCGAAGUUCCACGAGGCGGUCAACAACGACUCAAACCACAUCUCGGCGGAUAAGCUCCACGAGAAGUUCCAGCUCGCAACGCACCAAUAGCUCAAUCUCGAAAAGUUCGACUGGGGGCAGCAAAUCUGCGAGUACAUCAAAAUCAACAUCUGCAAGCUCACUUAACUCACGCACUACAUCUGCUGGCACUUUUUCAAAGACAAGUCGACCAUCUACUUCAUCGACUGCUACAUCAAGGCCAAAGAGCUCUAGCGCUAGUACCAAUAGCCGACCAGGAAGUACCACCAAUUCGGCAUCCGUCAGCGUACCUAGUUCACGCAGUGGUUCAACUAGUUCCUCGCGAAAACCAACUACCUCAUCGUCGUCCAGAACCACCUCAACAUCAACAGCAGGGACAUCAUCGCUUCCAAACUCUAGUAAAUUAUCCUCUUCAACUUCAAGAUCCAGAACACUUUCCUCUUCUACCAAAUUCUCUACUUCUACACACUCUGACUUCUCGACGUCACUUCCGGGUCCAUCAACAAGCAAAACUGCGUCUUCCUUGCGCUCUUCCACGCCCUAUUCAAGCGUAAAAUCAUCUGCGUCAUCUGGGAAGCAGUCUACUUCGUCGGUUUCUACACAGACAACACGAAAGACCACUUCAACCUCCAGCAAAACGAGUAGUAGCGGAAGUCCUUCUAAGGUAUCUACAGGGUCCAGCAAAGGAUCUACUUCGUCCGGAGCCACACAGACAACACGAAAGUCCACUUCUUUGACAAUUACACUGAGCAACUCUCAUACCUCUUCUCGGACAUCUUCGAUCUCUAGCAAGCGAUCAACUUCACCGACUGCCACCCAGACAACGCAAAAAACCACUUCUUCGACGAACAAGGCGAGUGACUUCAGUAGCUCAUCCCAAACAGCUGGACGGACCAUUCAGAGUACGCGCACAUCGUCGCGCGUCACUGAUUCUUAUUCAGCAACCAGCGAAUCCAGUACUACAACGCGUACAAGCUUCUCCGGGGGCCAAAAUUCUGCAUCAUCCUCUGAUAUCAGUCUUAGAACCUCAGCCUCCGCCUCGACCACCCUUGGAAGUACACGAACAUCGAGCAUAUUUUCAAGUGCAACACCUGCUCCUAAAUCUUGCUGCGGUCAUUAUGAUGGCGAAACUUACUCCAGAAAUGGAUUCCAGUACAAGUACGAGUGUGACAAGGACUACAGUGGAUACUUUUGGCAGGGCCGUUAUUUGAUAUGGGAGGCGUAUAAUUUUGAAGAAUGCAUGAGGGGAUGUGUACUUGAUCCUCUUUGCGAUACUGCUAUAUUUGAUAGGGAUAUAUGCAGACAUGGAAAUCGGGCCGAUGAAGUAUAUGUAAGGGAAGGUUCCUGUGGAUUCAUCAAACUGAACCCUUUUUCGUCUCCUACUCUGGAAUCAUCAGUAUCUUCAUUGCCAUCGACGUCGAACAGCAUUUCUAGGGAUGCACCCGCUACUACGCGAACUUCACUGGGCAGUGGAACAACUCUGCCUCCCGGUCCGGGCUCCAAUACUAUCUCCACUUCUUCAUUGUUCGCAGAAAUGAUGUCAACAAGCGAAAACUCACAGCAAAUGACACAAGCUAAGUCUAGCCAAACAAGUAGUAUAUCUCCGCCAUCACCUACAUCAUCCUGGGUUGAAGGAUCGUCUAUGCACAUUGAAGUGGGUCGAUCGAGCAUCACCACAGGAUCUGUGAUUCUACCUAACGAGCCGACCACCAUUUCUACUUUCAAAGGAUCUUCCAUCUCGACAGGGACAAAUACCAUGUCUACAUCAAGAGAUGUGAUACCUCCUGGUCCAACUGGAACAAAAAGCUCGGAAGCAUCGACAGCCUCAAGUCAGAGAAGCUCUGGAAGUUCCAUCGCUCCGAGCAGUUCAGAAUCGGAAACCUUUUCAAGCUCGCGAACCCUUGGCACCGGUUCAAACACUCCACAAUCUACGCUAACUACCACAACCGCCACACCCCCUACUACUACCAAGUCAGAUGGACGAACGAUAACAGAUGAUUCCACUCUUACUACUACAGUCCCCUCAUCUACUUCUCAGCGGACAACUUCCUCUCGUGCGGUACCGUCCGCAAGCACAAGCUCAAUACAAUUAUCAAAUCAACCGUCUGCAGACGGGUCAUCAAGUGUUGAAAGCGAAUCCCGAAGUUUGGGGAAUACGAGGACUACUACAGGGACGUUUAGAUCACCGGAGGGCACAAUACUACCAGGGACGGUCGAGAGUGAGGCAGUGGGUGAUGCAUCAACACAGAGCACUCCGAUAUCCACCACAGGAUAUACAAAAACUUCUACGGUGAAUUCCAGAUUGCCAGAGAGCACGAAACUUCCCGGAACAGUUGAGAGUGACGCAACACGUGGUUCGUCAACGCAACGUACGCCGAUUUCGGCAACUUCAACAUCCCAGCAAAGUGGUGUCACCACGUCCUCGACUACGGGUACGCCACGGAGUACCUCCGGUAGUGUGUCGAGCAGCAGAGGAUCAACUACUUCUUCCAGGCGGAGUGUCUCCUCCACAAGACGCUCAAGCAGCACUAUUUCCACUUCAUCAAGGCAGUCCCGCUCUUCCACGAUAAGCUCAAGCCGUCAAUCGUCCGUUUCGUCGACGACAUCCAAACCUUCUUCUUCGACACCUACUAUUGUGUUCCCAUCAGGCAGAACAGGAAUCGAAACCUUCACCGGAAACGAAGGCCAAACGAGCACACAAUCAACAUCCGAAGACUCGGCGCAACGAACCAGCUCGCCAUCGCGCCAAUCUAGCAGAAGCACAUCUAGUACCCAACAGCAACCACCAACCACGCGAAAAUCUUCUUCAUCCACGAUUUCCGCGCGGCCAACAUCGAGAUCCUCCACACGACCAACCAAUUCCCUCCGCUCCACCAUCCUCCCCUCCCAACAACCCAGCAAAGCCUCUACCAACACACAACUCCCCACCCGCACACGAACAUCGUCCCGCUCAACGCAACCAUCCACACACUCGACACGCAUCCCGAACACGACCGGCUCCAUCGUCCUGCCCUCAGGCCGGUCCGGUAUAGAAACCUUCACGGAUAAAGGGAACCAAGAUGCUGGUGCGACUAUAUCUCGCAGCACGUCGCGGUCUCGCAGCCCAUCUACUACAACAGGCACAACGCGGAGGCCUACACGCACCGCCACGACCUCCCCAACAACGGAGAAGACGUUAAAACCGAGUUCUACUUCGCCUUCGAAAUCGAGAUCGCGCACAAGGACGAGGACAAGAAGACCUACAGUCACGACGACGCGCAGAUCCACCGCACGCUCCACGCUCGCAAGCACGCGGACUACACGGCGUCCUCGUUCGACGACGACGACGCGGAGACUCACCACGUCUCCUUCGCAACCGCGUCCCUCGAUCAAGGACGACGAGUGGUAUGAGGAUGAUGAGACUGCACCGCCUGACUGGGAGAUGGACGACGACGAUGAUGACAGCGACUACGAUGGCGAAGACGGUGGCGACGAUGAGUGGAUCCCUCCACCUGACUACGAGAUGGACGACGACGACGACGAUGGGGAUCUAUACAACGACGAUGACGAGGAGGAGUGGUUCCCGCCAUGGUGGUGGUGGUGGUGGGACGAUGGCGCUGCGGGCCAAAACGGGUUCGAAGAUGGUGAUGGUGAAGGCGGGGGUUUCCCGCCUUGGUGGUGGGAUAGCGGGGAGGAUGGGGUCGAGUAUGGUGUUGGGGCUGAUGAAGGGCUGCCGCCUUGGUGGUGGAGUGGUGGACAGGCGGGGCAGGAUGGGUUUGAAGGGGAGGAUGGGGAGGAUGGGGAUUAUGGCAACGGUGGGUCUGAAUCUGGGGAUGAUGCAGACUGGGAGUGGUACUGGGAUUACGGGAGUGGAGGGGCUGAAACUGGAGAAGCGGGUUCUGAAGGGAAUUGGGAUCAAGGGUGGGAGUAUGUCGACGGAGAUACUUGGGAAGAUGGUACGACUGGAGAGGGUAGUGAGGACGGGGGAAGUGCAGGAGGAGAUGAAGAAACAGACUGGCAAGGCUGGACCUGGACGUCGAUAGGAGCCGAAGAUGGUGAUGGGAACGGUGGGUUCGUGAAUGGGACGAAUGGGACGUGUGGGUGCACUUGGGAGGAUUGGGAAUGGGUGUGGAUCUGGGAUGAAGGAGUUUGAUAAGUUCUUCGCUUUUUUUUUUAUUCCCUUGGUAUUCUAAUGAUACGUUGAAGAUGAAUGAAUGAAUGAGUAGACAUGAUAUAUUAUUUCUCUCCCAUCUCUCUGCGUCUUUUGUUAUCGAAAGUAUCGAUCGGUGAUGGCCGUUGUAAUCAAAGAUCAAAUGUCGAUUGCAUGUCCCGCCCUCUGUGCGCCGAGAACACGGACUUGAUCCUCCUGUUGCGUCCUCCCGCACUGGGUCCCCUGUGCAAAUCGCUCGUGCGAGAGCCGUGGCCCCCCAAGACGCAACAGCACGAAUCAAGGCAAAGUCGAUGGCCCAAAAGUAGCAGCUGGCGGUGAUGACGAUGCUGAAAACAGCAGCUGGGAUAUGCAAGCACCGUACCGUAGUUGCGAGUCUUGGGGAGGGGAGAGACAUCAUUCGGACAUAUUUGCAUCGGGCAGGUGGACAGGGCCGCACGUUCACGAUCAGCAGCAUGUGGGCGGCAUCCCCGAAUCUUAUUUGAUGCUUUUUUACUCUCUCUCUCUAUCUCUCACUCACCCGCAUAGUCAAAAUAAUAAAGGAGAACUUGGGGGGUUUUGUUUCUCGGCAAGAGUGAGUGUGAUGCCCGCUGCUCUGCUCAGCUGAAAAACAUGGAUUCAUCUAGCUCAAAGACUUUGGAUCCAGUGAUGCUGCUCAACACGCCAAUGUUCCCCUGGUAGCUACUUGACUGACUAUGCAUCCGCGAACUUUAUACUAGCCACCCGCCACAUGCUCCUUGCAAGCGCAUCAUGGUAGACAUGUUCAAACACUCCGCCACCCUCGCCACAUCGCGAAAAAGCUUAUCCCCUCCCCCCCCCAACCAAUCAAACCCCGCACGCUCCCAAACACCUCGCGCAUCAAAUUCCCCCCUCGUAGUCCCCCACCACCCAAUCACUCUCUCCCUCCACACAACGAACCUCCCCUGAUUCCGGCUUGAAUCCAGGGCAAACCAAACCAAACCAAACCAUCCUUUUUCCCCCUCAUCGUCUCCCCCGAACAACAGGAACGCGCUAGCUGGCUUGCUAGGUACUGACUGACCUUCACCUCCCUCUUCCAGGCACGCGCUCUCGGCAUGCCCUCGACCCCACCGCACAUGCCGUCAAACGCGAACGUGCUUCUGCCUAUCACUUCGCACGCAGCGCAUGCUGUUCCCCUCUUACCGUCGCUGCGCAGGGGUGCGAGGUCGGGUGUGUCGGCAGGCUGCGAUCCAUGGGGGAGGUGAGGGGGCGCCAUGCCUGAGUAGCGGUAAUCAUGUCUGGAUGCGUGUGCGAGGCACGAAGGUCGUCGUGAACUCACCAUUGGCUGGCUUGUCCGGGCGGGUGAUUGUUUUGU